UUGAUGACGAGUGGGACAUAUCAAAGAUGCUGAGGUGGUGUGCAGAGCCAUGGACUGUGGAACAGCUAAGACAGCCAAAUCCAGUUCCUUCUUUGGUCAAGGCCAAGGAGCCAUCUGGCUGGAUGAUGUAGGCUGUAUCGGUAAUGAGACGUCUCUUAUGCACUGCCGACAUUCCACCCUCGGAGAACAUAACUGUGGUCAUCGGGAAGAUGCCGGUGUUGUGUGCUCAGCUAACAUUAGACUGAUGAAUGGGACUGACCAGUGCUCAGGCAGGGUGGAGUUAUACCAUGGUGGCCAAUGGUCAGCAGCAUAUAAUCUUAACUGGGGAAUGAAUGAAACUGCAGUGGUGUGCAGAGAGAUGAAUUGUGGAGAUCCUGUUAAGUUCUCAGGAUCAUAUGGUCAGGGCAGACAUUCAAGAGGGUAUACGAUCAGCUGUAGCGGUAGAGAGAGCUCUCUCACACUGUGCACACUGAGAGAAUAUGUCAGGACCGGGCAAGAUCGCUUUGAAGAGGCAUCUGUCAAAUGUUCAGGUAAUGUGAAGUUGUCUGAUGGGCCCAGUCAAUGUGCUGGAAGAGUGGAGUUCUACAACAAUGGCCAGUGGGGGAAUGUGUGUGGUGAAUCCUGGGAUGUGAAUGAUGCAAAUGUGGUGUGCAGACAGCUGGACUGCGGGAGGACUCAUAAAAUUACCACUAUGGCUGAGUAUGGCCAUGGUACGGGACACACCUGGAUUGAUCAAAUUGAAUGCAAUGGAAUGGAGUCAACACUGAGUCAGUGCCCACAGAGACCAUUUAGAGACAAAACUUGCAACACAAGCUCAGUUGCUGGUGUUGUCUGCACAGGUAAGAAAAAGCAUACAAAAAUGACAAGAUAAUACAGUCUUGUUUGUUGUUCACUUGUAUCGCUCCCAUAACUAUGUCAAUUUCAUGUAUGUUUUUUUUUCGCUUAGUUUUACAAAACUUGUUUCUAUAUAUUGCCACUUUCAAUCUCAUUCCCACAUGGCUUGACAGAAAAGGUCACACUUACUUGGUGUUUCAACCACAUUUUCUGGUCUUCCUCCGCAGAAUCAUCAGUCAUGAAAAUGCUUUAGUCGUUAUUAAAUACCUACGUAUGGAAUUUUAGUCAUGUGAUAAUAGGGGCUUGUAAAUGCUGGGGGGGCGUAACUCCUGCCACUGGUCAAAGAUCAAGAAUGACCUUUCAAGAUGAACACAGUUUUUUCAUUGCUCUCAGUGUGACAUUCAGUGACCCGAUGAACUUCAUGACUACAUUUUAAAUCCCUCAAUCCAUUAUGAAAAAAAGCAAAGAAAAAAAAUGGUCUCACUCUGCCUAUUAAGGCUGUAUUAAAUCUAUGGUUGAAUUAAUUAAUAUAACUGAUAAAGCAUAGCCCUGGUCGGCCUAUGAUGUAAAGCCAUUGAACACCUCUUUUUUUCUUCGUCACGUUUGGAAAUCUAUCGAAAACGUUAACAGACAAUGUGAGUCUAAUGAUGGAAAGCCAAAAAAUAAAAGGGAAAGGUGGUUCUGAGAUGGUCAGACUCUAAAGGAAAAAAAGGGAUCGUGUUGCUGUGCCCAAUUAAGUCCUGCAUCAAAUAUAAAAUCCUCCUUCUCACCUACAAAUCACUCCAUGCUCUGGCCCCACAGUACCUCUCCAACCUGCUCCAUCCAUACACCCUAUUCGAAACCUGCGGUCCUCAGACACUGGCCUGCUCUCCAUUCCCCACACCAGACUGUGCCUUCGGAGACAGAGCCAAACUCCUGAAACAACACCUGUUUACCACAGCCUACUACAACCUCCCUUAGUACAGCCACUGUAAUUCUGUAAAGUGUACUUGGGUUUCAUGAA